AUGGAAGAGACUCUGCAUGGCUCCCCCUCGUCAGACAUGUCAGACACGAUGAAGGACGUCGACCAUUUCGAAGAGUUCUCAGACGCAGAGAAAACUCUUCUUGAAGGGACGGUCUGGAGGAAGUUAGAUAGAUGGGUGUUGCCCGUCUGCACUAUUUUCUAUCUCCUCUCUUUCCUUGACCGGAGUAAUAUUGCAAAUGCUCGGGUUGCUGGCAUGCAGACCAGUCUCAAGAUGUCCAACUAUCAGGUAGAACUCGGCCGUCUCUUCCCUUCGAACUUGCUGUUGAAGUACGUGGGACCACGGUGGAUGCUCCCAACCAUGGUCACUAUAUGGGGCCUUGUGGCAACCAUGCAAGGCGUCGUGAAGACUUACUCGGGUCUACUUACCUGUCGAUUCUUCUUGGGUCUCAUGGAAGGUGGUCUGUUCCCUGGUCUUGUGCUAUAUCUGUCUUUCUUCUAUCCCAGAGAGAGAUUGCAGAUUAGGGUUGCCACGUUCUUCGCAUCUGCAUCGCUCUCUGGUGCAUUUUCUGGACUGCUGGCAGCUGCUAUUAUGAAUAUCAAUGGAGGGGAGGGAAUCUUUACGUUUUUGUUUGGAUUGACAGCCUUCCUUGUCCUUCCCAACUCCCCAGGUAGUGCGCGCUUCUUCUCUACGAAGGAACGUAACUAUGUCAUGGCCAAGCUAAAAGCGGAUGGUGCUGUUGCUGGUGACGACAAGAGCGAUGGCUUCAAUUGGAUUGAGGUGAUUCGGUGCUUCCAGUCAGUUCACGUUUGGUUGUUGGCGCCCGUUCUAUUUUUCCUCGUACAUGGUACUGCCAAGUUUAUUCAUACUAAUGCUUAUCGACUCUUUAGCUUCGAGCCCACAAUCGUCGCCGGCCUCGGUUACACCGGUAAUAAAGCACAGUUGAUGAGCGCGCCGCCCUACGCGUUUGCGUUUGUAGUCUCGAUGAUCACCGCAGUGAUAUCGGAUCGGUACAAAUGCCGUGGCUUCAUGCUCAUCUUCUUCUCAGUUUGUAACCUUGUCGGAUUUAUCAUGUUCUAUGCGAGCAAAUCAAAUCAUGUUCGUUAUGGAUCACUCUUCCUGACCAUCAGCGGGUCUUACUGCGGUGCUCCGCCGGUCAUCACAUGGGUAGCGAAUAACAGUGCACCGCAUGUCAGACGCGCAACUUCGGUCGCUAUUGCGUUCAUUAUGACCAACUCGGGGGGUAUCUUGGCCACCUGGCUUUUAGGCUCCUUGUCUCCUGCACCCAACUAUACAAAAGCCACGAUCACUUUCAUUAUCAUGUCAGUGGGCAUGGUGGUGCUCUCCAUCGCCACCCUCGCGUACCUUGCACACCAGAACCGCUUAAAGACCCGCAGGCGACAGUUUGGCACUCCUGAGGAUGAACCAAAAGGUCUGGGUGACGAAAGUGCUUGGUUUAUCUACAACUUGUAG